AUGUGGUCACAACGCGUGCUUCGACGCCCAUCGCGUCUCGCCGCCAACGUGAUCUCGCACGCACGUGUGCCUCGCCCACGUCUCAGCAGCACCACCAGCAGCCGCCCCAGGGGUGGGAAGCCGACAAUUUUGGUCCUCGGCACAUUUGCGGCAGGAUCGCUGGGUACUCUGGCAUAUCAGAAAGCCACGACGCCGAACACUGAGAGGGGGACACCACCAGCACCAGCUGCCCCGAAGACCACGAACACUGAGAUCCCCGACCUGGAUAACCUGGCCUCUUCAAAUAAGGUUGACUUACCCCCUGCUAUAAGUGCAGAAGAUGUCACCAAAGAGCUUAACGCUAGCGCGUUCUCAUUCCACGUCGCCGACAAGAACGGGGUAGACAAGUACGACGGCGCGCAGGUGGCGUCGAACAGCCCGUGUGAGGAUGCGUACGUCCACGGCAGGUUCUCCAAUCCCCUCCAAGUCGGGGGUGCCGCCGACUGGAUGGCCUGGGGGGUGUUCGACGGACAUUGCGGAUGGCAGACGUCGAAUCUCCUGACCAGACAGCUACUCCCAUACGUUCAAAGGACUCUGCACGAUCUCACGCCCGACAGCGGAGUCGUGUCCGACGAGGCAAUACAAGGGGCAAUUGCGGCCGCCUUCCGGGAGCUGGACGACGCCCUGGUCAAAGGCGCCAAGGACGUCAUCGAGAGCGACCUGUCGUACCCGGAGAAGAUCAGGCGGCUCCAGCCGGCUUACGCGGGCUCCUGCGCCCUGCUGACCCUGUACGACCCGUCCACCAGCUCGCUGCACGUGGCCUCGACGGGAGACUGUAGGGCGGUACUGGGGAGGAAGACCGCGGACGGCAAGUGGGAGGCGGUCGCGCUGACUAAGGACCAGACGGGCGCCAACGAGGACGAGAUCGCGAGGAUCCGCGAGCAGUUCCCCGACGAGCCUGAGAUAGUUAAGGGCGGGCGCAUCUGGGGACUCGAGCCCUCGCGGACCUUUGGCGACGGCGGGUGGAAGUGGGACAAGGAGCUGCGAUCCAGGCUUCGCAGAGAGUUCAACGCAUGCAAGUUUCCUAAUGAGGCGCGGUAUAAGGACUAUAAGACGGGCCCCUACGUCACUGCCUCGCCCGUGGUGAGCACCAUCAAGAUCCCCCGAGAUGGCUCCUCGACCUUCUUGAUCCUGGCGACGGAUGGUCUUUGGGACACCAUGGGCAACCAGCAAGCGGUCGACUUGGUGGGACGCUGGUCGGACUUGCAAAGCGCUCCCGGAAAGCCGCCCGCGCCUGUCUUGUCUCUGGUUUCAGGGGAACCCGUUAAGUUCGGGAGGACAGGGUGCUGGCACGGGGACCAUCGGGCGACGUUCCAGGACUCGAACGCAGCCGUCCACCUGAUCCGCAAUGGUCUCGGCGGCGCACAUGACGAGAUGGUACGCGGGGCCAUGAGCUUCCAGAGCAAUUUGUCUAGAGACAUCAGGGACGACAUGACUGUACAGGUCGUCUUCUUCCAGGGGACAGAUAAGUCAUGA